AUGGCAGCCUCAUCGCACAUCGAGUAUCAGGACAACAGUUAUAUAUCAGAUAGUUGCCGUCUCCCAUCAUCAACCAGCAAUUUCAAGCCAAAGCGAAAAGGUGGACCCAUUUCAUUACAGCCCCCAAAGACAACGAUAUUGGCCACCUCCUCUGGUGAAUUUACCUUCCAAUAUUCGAUACAUGAUCCAGGAAGACACAUGCUGCGGGAAAUGAGACUAGUCUUUCCACAUUUAAAGGAAUCUGAUCGACUACUUGUUGUACCCACAUUCCAGAAGGCUGCUCACGAUCUAGUCGCUGUUACCGCUGAGACUAAUAGAGAAAGGAAUCUGUUGCUGGAAAAUUUUUAUGAGUGGGCACGUCGAGUAUGUGAAUAUCUAGUGGAACGUGGCCAUUGGGCGGACUUCACCGAUCCCGCUUCUGGCUAUCCUAUGUACAGCCCUCGUGGAGCCUCUUUAUAUCCAGAUGUCGAUGGAACUGUCCACCUGCUGAAUUACGCGUCGGAUCAAGCUGGAUGUUGUCGGAUAUUACUUCACCCAAACUGGGGAACUAGGAACUAUCCAGCUACUCUCUUCUCAACAGCAGAUCUGGCAACGCUUUCUGAAGCGUUAUAUGUGGACUUGAAGGGUGAUUCUGUUGUAAUCUUCGUUGCAUCAACUACUGGGGAUGGUGAUCCUCCAGACAAUGCUACUAAGUUCUGGAGACAUCUUAGAAGAGCUAAAGGUGCUGAGUUGGAUGUGUUUAAGGGGAAGCGGUAUACUAUGCUAGGUUUGGGAGAUACGAACUAUGACAACUUUUGUAAUACGGCCAAGAGAUUGGAUCGCCGAAUGAAUGAACUUGGUGCUAUACUCUUUUAUGAACGAGGAUUUGCUGAUGACGGUGUUGGAUUGGAACUAGUAGUUGACCCAUGGAUGGAAAAGUUAUGGCCUGCUCUUGAACAACAUGUCGAAGUAGAUCCAGUGAAGGCUGCCGAAUUCGCCACUGCUAAAACGACCUCAAAGUUCAGUGUGCUCAGUCUCAAAAAGCCUGAUACGGUUGACGAUAAGGCUACUGAAAAGAUCGCUAAUGGCACUACUAAAGUAAAGGAUGACAAGAGUGCACUGCCACUAGGAAAUGGUCUGGUUAAACCGGCUCUGACUAGUGCCAAUAUAGUUACCGCUGCACCUGUUAAAUCAACUAGCACUGGAACCCCUACUCUCAAUACUGGCACUGUCGUGAAUGUAGAUACGUCAAAGUUGGCCAAAUCUGAUGCCGUAACUUUGACCAACGUACCGAAACUAGUCCCCUUUACACUCACUCUGAAACCUACAGGAACGGCUAGACCCUCUCUAAUGUCUUCUGAUCAAUUCUAUUCUCAAACCAUAAAAGUCGCUGCAACCAACACUUCGGAAUACUCACCCACAAUCCCAUUCCUGGCUCCAAUCCAGUCAGCACGAUGUCUAACAGGUCCCAAAACUUCUAAACGAGUUAUAGAACUGACGCUGGAUAUCAAGGCUUUGAAUUGGAAGUAUCAAGCGGGAGACUCGUUUGGUAUUGUAUGUCCGAAUGCGGACGAGUUGGUAGAAGGUUUGCUGGCUCAACUCAAUCUGAAUCGAGACGAGACGUUUGAGCUGUCGUCGGCCUCGUUAAUGUUACCGUAUACCAGUAAAAUGCCACUGACGUAUUAUGAAGCUCUCAAGUAUCACGUAGAUUUGCUCUCGUUUCCUCGAAAGACAGUGUUUCGCAUACUGGCUGAAUCCACUACGAAUGACGCUGAAAAGAACACGUUGCUGUUUUUGUCUUCUGCUCAAGGUGGAGAAGCUUUCAAGCAACUUCGCAAACAGCAACCAACGCUACUAGAUCUCCUUCGUACAUUCGCAUCGUGCCAGCCUCCAUUCACUCACAUAUUAGAACAUUUACCAAAACUACAGCCACGAUACUAUUCAGUGGCAUCUCUAGAUCCAGAAUCAGUCUCUUUUGCAUUCAACAUUGUAGAAUACGAUACUCUCAACCCUAUAAGAUCAGUACGAGGCCUUUGUAGUGGUUGGCUAGACGAUAUAACAGGCCAUAUAUUAACAGGGAAAACACCAUCAACCGCCACACUUCCAUCAAUACCUAUAUUCCCGCGCCCAUCAAACAACUUUCAUCCACCAUCCGAUCUAAAUACACCGAUUAUAUGUAUUGCAGCUGGAACGGGCAUCACGCCGUUUAUGGGCUUCUUGCAACACUGGAAAGCACAUUCUGCGAAGGGGCUUGUAUGGAUGUUUCAUGGAUUUAGACGUGAGGGACAAGAUGAAUUGUAUGGUAGUGAGUUGCAAGGGUUUGUUGAUGGUGGCGUCUUGUCUACUUGGACGAAAUGUGUAUCGCAGCCUGAUAAUGGGGGUGUGAAGCAGCAUGUGCAGGAUCGUAUCAAGGUUGAUGCUGACGGUGUUUGGAUGUGGAUUUCGCAGCAAAAUGCACGUGUAUAUCUGUGCGGGUCUGUGGCUAUGGCUAAAGAUGUGCAUGCAUGCUUUUUGGAAAUCACAGCACCGCAUGUAGGUGGUGUAGUUGAAGCUCAGGCGUACUGGAUGCGUAUGACUGAAGAGGAGCGUUAUGUUCGUGAUAUAUGGACGUGA